UGCAGCGGCGCAAUCGGCGACUUCCAUUGGAAUCGGGAGGAAUGGUCUCUCGGUUCCAGUUGGAAGAUGGAGGUUCCGAGUCCCGCUGCCUUGUACAAGGAUGUGAAGAUGAUCAAGGUGCCGGCAGCCCCCAGUAUCGAGGACUUCGCCAUCAUCAAACCCAUCAGCCGCGGAGCUUUCGGUAAAGUGUACCUGGCUCGGAAGAAACACGAUGAGAAGAGGCUGUACGCUGUAAAGGUUGUCAAGAAAGCUGAUCUGAUACAUAAAAACAUGGUGCACCAAUUGCAGGCAGAGAGAGCUGCACUGGCACUUAGUAAAAGCCCUUUUAUUGUGCACUUGUAUUAUUCACUGCAGUCUGCCAACAAUGUUUACCUCGUGAUGGAGUAUCUUAAUGGUGGGGAUGUGAAGUCUCUGCUUCACAUUUAUGGCUAUUUUGAUGAAGACAUGGCUGUAAAGUAUAUCUCUGAGGUUGCUGUUGCUUUGGAUUAUUUGCACAGACAUGGUAUUAUUCAUAGAGAUCUGAAACCGGACAACAUGUUGAUUUCUAACCAGGGCCACAUCAAAUUAACUGAUUUUGGUCUCUCCAGAGUUACUCUGAACAGAGAGAUAAACAUAAUGGAUAUUCUGAACACACCAUCCAUGAUUAAUCCAAAACUGGAUUACUACCGUACUCCAGGCCAGAUCCUGUCUCUCAUCAGUUCUCUGAGCUUUAACACUCCAGUGGGAGGGAAGACUAAAGAUGCAUCGCCAAUAUUGAGCCCUAUGAUACAUAACAACGCCAGUCUCUCCCUUGGAUCACUUUGUUCUCUUCUGCCUCAGAGUGCCAAAGCGUGUGACAAAGAGCUUAAGACAAAAGGUGCCGACAGCUCGUCUUGCAGUCCUUGUAUGCCAGUCAGGUAUCUGACUCCAGACUUUAUCCAGUCAAAUAAAAAGCUUGAAACAUCAAGUGCCAGCAGUCAGUCACACCUGGUACCUUCCAGCGCAGAGUCAGGGUGCCUAAAUAGCCCACUCUGGGAAAAAGAGGGUAAGGAGGCUGUACAGCCUGCUGCUGGUGUGAUGAACAUUGUUGAUACAGCUGUCACAGGGGACUCCAUUAGAAAGAAUGACAAUGAUAAAGACAAUUUGGCGAUCGCUGUUUCUCUAGCUGAGAAUGAAAUUAAUCGAGAAAGCGGGCUCAUUGGAGUGAACAGACACCAUCAGAUUCGGGCCACUCCUCUUAACAAUGUAGUGGCAAAGGGCUUUAUCAAAAAAUGCCUUUACAAAACUGUGAGAAGGGAAGAAGAUAAAUGUACUUCACCUACAGCUAAGGUGACCAAAGAUGCAGUGCAUAGAUCUUGCAUCCCUAGCCCUUCACCUGCUUGUGGAGCUGAGGUACUGGAAAGUUCCGUGAAUUUCAGCCAAGGUCUAUGUCACGUGAUGCCAGAAGGGAUGGUUCUGUCUGAAAAUUUAAAUCUUCCUGGCUGUUUAAUGGAUUCCUCACUGAGUGCUGCCCAAGAAUAUCAUGAGAAUGGAUUUCAAGAGGAAAGUCGAGAUCAGCAAAACAAAUUAAAGAGAACCUUUGAUCAGAUGGACCACAGCCCAUUUUUGGUCAGCUCCUGCAGGAAGAAGUCUAAUUUUGAGUAUAAACGUGGAUGUGAAAUACCAGAAUUCCAGCCAGUUGCUAGAACUGGUUUAACCAGGGAAAUACAGGCACUGGAAUUGGGUUCUGCAAUAAUUAACUGCAAAAGUCCUGAUGUAACUGGUGGGGACUUGGUGGAGAACACCAGUAUUUCUGAAAGAAUAUCUGAGAUUACACCCGUCACUUCCUUAGCCAAAAAUCUGUUGAGUGAACUGGAUGAGCAAUGUGAAAAGGAGGACUGUAGAGAUGACUUUAAUUGUAGUUUUCAGACUGAUGAGAAUGACAGGAGUCUAAAGAGAAGCUUGAGCAUGUAUUCAGCCUUUUCAACUCAGGAUGCAUCUUUCACAGAAGAUAAUUGUGAGAAAGCAUUAGAUGCAAGUGCUAAAGACACUUCAUUUGAGGAGUUCCCAGCUAAAGAUAAAGUAACCUCCCAGUCUCGUCUUCUGUAUAAAAUGCUAUCUUUUCCUCACUGUACUGCUCCAAAGCAUCAGAAUAUAAGUCAAGAUAGUAACCAGCGCAUCAACCACUCAACAGAAAUCGACCCUGACCUUCAGCCAUCACUCCCUGUCAAUCCUUUGACUUCGUACCAAAAGAAGCCUAUUGUAGGAUUCCGAAGUUAUUGCAGCCCAAUAUAUGAAUCUGAUUUGUCCGUACAAUCCAAGAUGAGUAUAGAUUCUGUAGAGAAAAUGGAUACAUCCCUUUGCACUGGGAGCUACCCACAAGCUGUGACACCGCUACCAAGAGUCCAACCAUACAGGGUAACUGGAUCAUUUCAGACUCCACUGCUGGCUCCUGUGCUAACUCCUUAUAGAACUCCAAAAAGUGUGCGGAGAGGUCCGGCUCCAACUGAAGGGGAUAGAAUUCUGGGAACACCGGAUUAUUUGGCCCCUGAGCUGCUCUUGAGAAUGCCACAUGGUCCUGCUGUGGAUUGGUGGGCCCUUGGUGUGUGUUUAUUUGAAUUUCUGACAGGCAUUCCCCCUUUCAAUGAUGAAACACCACAACAAGUCUUUCAGAAUAUCUUGAACAGAGAUAUACCUUGGCCAGAAGGUGAAGAAGAAUUAUCUAAAAAUGCCCAUAGUGCAAUUGAAAUUCUACUGACAAUUGAGUGUUUCAAGAGAGCUGGAUUGAAAGAGCUCAAGAAGCAUCCUCUCUUCCUGGAUAUGGACUGGGACAAUCUACAGAAUUGCCCUAUGCCCUUUGUACCACAGCCAGAUGAUGAAACAGAUACAACAUAUUUUGAAGCCAGAAAUAAUGCUCAACACCUCAUCAUUUCAGGAUUCAGUUUGUAGCACCUGCAAUUUGCUAAACUUAAAUACUAUGAGGAUAAGGAAAAUACACUAAUUUGUAUGUAGCAUUAAUAUUAGAUUCAUGAAUAUGUACAUACAGUGUCUGGUGCCAGUGAAGGCUAUCUUUUGUUUCUUUUACCAUAUUCAGGGUUGCCUUCUCAAUUUCCAGCUCUAAAUUAUGUUUCUGAAUGGAGGACCGUUAUUUCUUAGCAGAAAAUGAGAAAAUGCCAAAGAAAAUUAGGAUCUCUGAGCUGCUUUCAUGUUCCAUUUCAUUCAGGUUAGAGGGCACUGGAAGACAAGGACGUUUGGCUGCACUUAUUGAAUGGCUCCAGAGUAACAGGGCAGAAAACUUGAAUUGAUAGCUCCCUGAAAUUGAAUUAGUUGUUAGAACAUUUACAGCACCAUAGGAACUGUAAAGGGUGAAUUCAGUAAGCUGGAACACUGUGAUAUUUUUUUAAAGCAUACAAUCUGGAACAUCGCCCAUCCCUCAAACACUUGACAGCUAAUAUUUGAAUGGAGCAUUCAAGCAAACUCCAUUUUGGGAACAUUUAAGUUCUGAAAAGGAGCGUUUUGGGAAAGUCAGCUGCGUAGCAGACUGCCUGAAGUAUUUGAAGUGUUUGACAUGACUAUUUUUGCUGCACUUUACAAACAUGACUUGGGGAUCUCAUAUUAUCCUUUGUUAGUUGCAAACAUGUUUGUUUACUUAUUUGCAAUGAUCCUGGGAUUUAUUUUGGCCAUUUUGUUUAAGCUGUGCCAGGCUACCUAAAGAUGCUUUCACUCUUGCACCUUUUUAGCUCAUUGCGCCCCUCUGGAUUUUUUUUUAUUCUUUAGUGUUUGAUAAUGGAGUUUGUUACAAAUCAAGUUGAACCAAAGCUGUUCCUAAAGUGAACACUCCCUCCCUCAAUUAAAUGCACUUUAUUUUUACAGUUACCAACUAAGGUGGACAGCAAAAUACUGCAGUGGUUUUAAUUACUGGUGAUGUAGUUGGUUUUAAUGUUGCUUGUAUUACUUAGCCCUUAAACUUUGCUGUCCCUAUCUUUUUGUAUAUUUUUGCUUUGCUCAUUUCCUUAUCUCCACUAGAAUGGAAAUUUGUGUCUGUUCCUUACUGGUUGUGGUCUCUUAUUAGCAACCAAUAUGAACAUAGAUAAAGGAUGCAGUUAACUGUCUCAUGCUUCAGUUGGCUUGAGGUCCCAGAAUUUAAAAGGAAAGCUGUAAAUAUCUGUUCGCCAAUUACUGCAUUAUUUGGUAUAUCAACUCUUAAGAGUUUUCAUCUGAAGUUCUUUGAUAAUGCUGUAUCAAUCAAAAAUGAUAAUAAAUGUGUAUUCUUGAAUGUUUUUCUUGCCCUAUUUCAUUAAGAAUUUUCAGAUCAGCCCUGCCUUCUCUUUGCCAAUAACCCAUACCUGCACAUCGACAAAAAUCUACUCUUACCUUGUUUUGUGACAGACUAUCUGUAUAACUUGUGUGCAAAGUAUAAUGGUGACUUAAAUAAAAAUCUUUCAUUCAUGGA